AUGGCUACAAGCAAUAAGCUCACGGCUCUUGCAUUGUUAGUUCUGCUUAGCAUUAGCUUCUGCCUUUCCUUCGCAAGGUCCUUGAAGCAGGCUAGCAAGCCAAAAUCAAGUUCUGGCUACCACGUAGCUGAUGAUGGCGACGGAGGAGGGGACGGUGGGGGUGAAGGUGGUGGCGGUGAUGGUGGAAGCAGUGGCGAUGGCGGCAAUGGCGAUGGUGAUGGUGGCAGUGGAGAUGGCGAUGGCGGUGGUGGCGAUAGUGGCGGUGGAGAUGGCGGUGGUGGUGGUGGUGUCAAAGAAAUUGUAUAUCGAAUACAAAGCAAAUGUGUUGUUUUGCAUCACCUGGAAGCCGAUGGAGUAGGGGAAGUCAAAGGAGAUGAGGAAGAUGAACAAGGCACUCGAGGACGUUUUGAUCGUGUCAUAUUGCGGAACCCAAACAGUCCGGAUCGCAGGAAGCGGAAGAUUUAG